AUGGAUUAUUUGCCCUGUGGAGGUGUAAUUAUCUCAUCAAAUUAUUUCACCGAAAAUUUUGGUUGUCCAUUGUUUGGUGGAGGUUUGAUUAAAUUAUCUUGUUAGCUCGGAUUAUAGCUUGAUCAAUUCGAUAAUUCGAAGCCAAUAGAUGCUGCUGGAAUGUUUUAAACUUUCUAAAUAUAGGCAAUCAAGGAUAAGAAUAUUAUACUUAAUGAUUUAACUCCAGAUAAGAAUAAGUAUGAACUUAGUAAUAAUUAUUAUUUCAAGAAUUUCAAUGCUUUUAACGAAGCUCUUGUUGAUUUGAGAGGAAUUAUGUGGGCUCAUAUAAUAAAUGAAACUUUUAUACAAAACGGUGAAAAUGUUGCUGAGUCUCUGCUUUUGUUUUAAAAUUAUACAACAUCUGAAAAUAUUUAGGUUUAACUAUUCGAUCAUGAUUUCACCUAAAUCGAAGAAAGGAUGAAUAUCACUAAUUACAAUAUGUCAUCACUCAAUCCUGACUAUGAUCCAAACUCAUAUGAGUACCUAGAUAGUAUAAGUAUGAAAGAAGCAAGCAGAAAUUCAACAAAUUAAUAAACUGAGGGAUAUAUUACGACUACCAGAGUAUUAUAGGCUAAUACCAGACAAAGCUAUUAUUAUUUGAAGUACAAUGACGAUAAACAAAGUCUAGGUUUGAUAUACAUUAGAUAAUGCCUUUAUUUGUACAUAAAAGAUGUGGAAGUUAAGGAUAAUUUCGUUUAUGAAUAUUAGCUUAACAGUACAAAAGGAUCGUUUAUUACUAUAAAGAGAUUUUUUGGAUCGAUUGAUAUGAAAAAUAUACAUGUACACAACUAUAAAGGUUUUAUGAAGUUUGCAAGGGAUGAUUUGGGUAUAUAGUUUAGUGAAGAAAGUCCUAAAGUAGUGUUUGCAAUGACUAAUCCCAUUAUAGGAAUAGAUACUUAAUCAGAUUUGAUAGAUGUAUCACUGGAGAAUAUUUUCGUUGAAGAUGUCAAAUUUGGUUUAUAUGGAGAUACAGUGGAUCACUUGAAAAUUUAGAAUUUAACAUUGAACAAUAUUGAUUGCAACUGCAGUAAAAAUCACUCUCUAUUUUAACUUUAAACUAUUUAUGCCAAGCUGGUUGACAUCAAUGUAUCAAAUAUAAAUACUAACUAUAAUCUGAUGAAUUCAGCUGCUGAAUUUGGAUCAUAAGUGUUCCAGAUUAUUUUGAAAAAUAAAACUUUUGACCAGGAUAUUUUGAGUAACGGAUAUUUUUAGAGUAUUUAAGGCAAUUAUGGUUCUGUUUUCAAUAUUUCAUUUAGUGAUGCUAAUUUUCCAUUAAAAUCUUAAUAUAAUAAUAACUACACGCCAAUUAUUACUAUGCGAGAUUCAACCUUUUUUAAUAUUACAACAAAUCAUGGUGGUGCAAUAAACAUAUUUUAAGGAUUUUAAGGUAGGUUCAUAAUUGAUAAUUGCACAUUUAAUCAAACUAAGACCCAAUAUAAAGGUGGUGCUUUAUCCCUAAAUCCUGAAACUACUACUUCGCAAGAUGAUUUAGAUGGAAAAAUGGCAAUAAAAUACCUAGCAAUAUUUAACUGUGAUUUUAUCGACAACUAUUAAUCUACCGAUAAUGGAAAAUUGACAGAACUGAUUCUGCUUAUUGAAAAUUCAAGUUAAUUUGGAGAUUCAUCUAUACCUUAUUUUAAUAGAGUUGGAUAUAUCCUAUAUUUAAACUAAGCCUUUUACAUCUAAAUUGAUAUAAGAGGAUGCCAAAUUCUUUAAGAAGAAAGAAAUCUUCCAAAAGAAUAUGUAGCUGAUACAAAAUUCGUUAAUGAUUUAUUAGCAAUUUGGUCUAGAAAUCAAAACAUUGACACAAACUUUGGAUCUGCUUUUUUCAUUUAGUUGAAUCUCUAAUAAGUUGAUUUGAAAGUCAUAGAUAGUAAUUUUGAGGGAUGCAGAUUUGGAUAUUUAGGAGGUGUAUUCCAUUUGGAGGGAAUGAACAAUAAUUUUACAAUUAACAAUUCAACAUUUCUUAAUAACUUAGGUUGGUAUGGAGGAAUAGCAUACUGUUCAAACUGUUAAGCUAUUGUAUUUUACAAGACAAAUAUUUCUGAAACUUAAGCAUACCAAGGAGGAGUCUUGUUCACAGAAAUAGAUAAACCAAUUAUAAAGCUUUAAAUAAAUUACAUCGAAAGCAUUAUGCGUGACAUUAUGAGUUGUUCUGAGGGUGGUGUAAAUUACAUAAUCACAAAUUCAUAUACUUCUUUAGAAAUAACCCUCCAAGAAUCAAGAUUCGAAAAAGUAAAUGCAUCAUUAUAUGAUGACUCUUCUACUUAAAAAAUAACUAAAACUUCAUCUGAUUAAGCAAGCUUUCAGGGUGGAGCAGGGUUUUUCAUAGUUGGUGGAGUUAUGAGUUCUGAAUAAGCAGGAUCAAUAGUUAGAUCUAAAUCUACAAGUUUAGGAAUUUCAGCUAAUCUUUCAGAUAAUACUAUUAGGUGUGUCUUAGAUGGUGAUGCAAAUCAGUAUAAGUAAUAUUUAUUUGUAGAGAAACGAGUAAUAACAUCACCACUCCAUGCAUUUAUAUUUAAAUCAGUAUUGAAUACUACAAUUGUAUCAAAAAGAAACAAAAUUAGCGAUUGCUAUACUGAAUUUGUAACAAAUUAUGAGGAAGAUUAUACUUACCUAACCAGUGGGGGAGUAUAUUACCUCGAUUCAACAACAGGACUAUUGACAUUCAAUGACACAUAAAAUAAUCAUGCAUUGAUAUAAGGAGGUGAUAUUUAUUAGUUCGCUCUUGAGUUCUCCACAUCUAUGAACAUGAUUAUUUAAAAUUCAAGAUUUCAAAUGAAUUUAACAAAGUAUUGGAUGCAGGUUGAAAAAAGAUUUGUAGAAAAUGAGAUCGGUUCUAUGAUGAUAAGCGUUAUAAACUAACAUUUAAUUUUGAAGGAAUUGUUAUGA